GCGCUGACAGUAAUCGUGUCUCACUGAUGUCAGGGGCUGACUUCACCGGCUGGCGAUUAUAAAUAGUCUCAGAGCUGGGCACGGCGCUGCAAACCGACACGGAGGCACAGAGAGGGGAGAACGCUGCUGACCCAAGGCCAGCUCCAACAGCUCAGCAUCAGGAUAGGGCAAUGACUCUGAACAAGACAGACAAGAGCCGGGCAUUGGAGAGGAGACGGGGCAGUACCCCCCUGCAUGCCCACCGCCGGAGUAUGCCGGUGGAUGAGCGGGAAUUGUGCGCCUCCUUGCAGGGGGGGACUCUGACUAACCUGGUCCGUUGCACCUCCUACAACCCGGGCCUGCCCCCUCAGUGGGACAAGCCAGCUGCCGGCUCCUCCGAGUCCCUCAGCUCCAGUGGCAGUGACUCAGACAGCAGUCUGUACAAGGUGGUCCUGCUGGGCGAACACCGAGUGGGCAAGAGCAGUCUGGCACGGAUAUUCGGCGGGCUGGAGGAAAGCGAGGCCCACGAGACUGAAGGAAGAGGAGACACGUUCGACAGAUCGAUUAUGGUGGAUGGCGAAGAAGCAAAUCUUUUGUUGUUUGAUAUCUGGGAGCAGGAUGACACCAACUGGCUCCGUGAGCAGUGUAUGAAGCUGGGCGAUGCCUAUAUCAUUGUAUAUUCAGUGACAGACCGAGCUAGCUUUGAGAAAGCUUCAGAGCUGAGGAUCCAGCUGAGGAGGGCGAGACAGGCAGAAGACAUUCCCAUUAUCUUGGUUGGGAACAAAAGUGACUUGGUUCGAUCCAGAGAGGUGUCUGUGGAAGAGGGGAGGUCCUGUGCCGUGGUUUUCAACUGCAAGUUCAUAGAGACCUCAGCUGCUCUCCACCACAACGUCCGGGAUCUCUUUGAGGGUAUCAUCCGGCAGAUCAGGCUGCGGAGGGACAGCAAGGAAGCCAACGAGAGGCGGCUGGCAGAUGCCAAGAGGCGGGAGAGCAUUGGGCAGAGGGCCAAACGUUUCCUCAGCCGCAUUGCGGCCAGGAACAACAAGAAGAUGGCCUUCAAACAGAAGUCCAAGUCCUGCCAUGAUCUCUCCGUCCUCUGAGAGAGAUUGCUGGAACGUGGUGUCACUUUGGCUGCUGUGCAACCAUUAUGAAAUGUGUGUGUGUGUGUGUGUGUGUGUGUGUGUCCUUUAUGUGGCUGUUGGAAGGUAGAAGUUACUGCUUGGAGAAUGCACAUUAUCUGGAACUCUACAAAAGGAAUUUGAGAUCUCGCUGACGAACACAGUGAUACAUUUUUUUGCAAGAUGCCUGUGCUGCAGCUGGUGGCCUCCUGACUGGCACCAUGAAACUGACAGUGCACCAGCCCUCGAACGUGGAUCACCUUCUUAGAUUGUGGAAGCAAGUGACUAACAAUCUGUCCACCAAGAAGACAAGAGGCCUCCUGCCUCUCUCACUUCAAACUCUUUUUACCUGCCUUCUGACAUACCUCACCGCUUUCGCUCAUCCAGCUCUUUCCCAAUAUCAACAAGCUACCAUUCUGACACUGAAUGGUAGAGAGAAGAGCUGAUGGAGAUGCUUGAGGGAAGAAUCUGAACCCCAAAGCUGCGGAGAUGGUACAAUUGUUAUUUUGGAAGGAGGUGAUAACUCGGAAGCUGCCUGGAAAGAGGGUCUGUCUCUGCCUGUUACCACCAGGACUUGGGGUGGUGGCUGCAAAAUGUCCUUUAGUCAAUUUGUUUGGGCAGUUGUCUGAGACAGAGGAUGGGGGGAGUGGGGGGAUCUUGAAGCCAGCCUUACUGGUCAAUGGAUAGGGACACUGCCACCACCUCAGGGCCGUCUCCUUUUAAAGGAGAAAAUAGCUGUAACGGUGGCUGCUCUGGGAAAUCCAUAUCCCAUUUAAUUAAUAAGGCUUUCCCUCUGUACAUAGGAUCAGACAAUAAUCACUGAAUCAGACCUUGAAUAUAGUGGUGGACUCAUGAAGAAUUGGUCUUUUGGUGUCUAAUACAGUUCUGAGGUUGUGUAUAAUGGAAUCGCACAUCUCAGGAGAAGGCCAUUUAUUCCGUCAUAACUGUGCUAGCUCUUGAGAAGUUUAUCCAAAUAAUCCCACUCGCAUUGUUUCGCCCCAUGGUCCUCAAAGACUCAAGAGAACUGACCUGCCUGUGUUGACAACCAUUUGGUUGAGGCCUGCAGUUUCAGAUUCUGAUACAGACAGGGUAGAUUCUCAACACACUGUUGGUGCUGGUGGUGGAUCAUUGUAAAUUGGUCAGCAUCAGUAACUCAAGGAAUGGGGCAAGGAGAAAGUUCACUUUAUUUAAAAGAAGCAGUUAAAUCUCAUUUCUGAUUUAUAAAGCAGAGCAAUGGUACAAACAGCAGUAAAACUUUGAAAAGCACCUGGAGUUUUAAUAGUGAGAGGGUUUUUAAUGAGCUGACUGUUAAACUGAGUGAAAGGGCAUGAAAGAAUGUUCAGGUGUGCCUGGGGAUGUGUGAAGUGAGCAGAAACAUCAUGUGGAGUAGUCAGCUGUAUUACAAGUUCAGGAGCAGCUGCUGUGAAACUAAAAUUUAAAAAAGCAAUAAUCCAUCAUCACUGUGGUUCCAUUCUUGUUGUACCAGAUUCCUUUGCACUUCUGUUUAAUAUUAUUCAAAUCAUUUCUUAACUGUUUACAUAUUGAUUUUUGUAUUUAAAAUAAAAUUUAUUCAGCCUUGCAACACAGUGUGCUGAUAUCUUUCUGCAGU